AUGCGAGCUACUGCAUUAAGAUGUAUUAGAAGAGUCAUUGUUGCUUUAGAAAUGUUGGCACCAGUUUUCAUCACUUGGCCAAAUGAAGAAAAAGUUGAAGAAAUUAAAAAUGGAUUUUUUUCUAACAGUACUUUUCCAAAUGUUCUUGGUGCGAUUGAUGGGACACAUAUUAACAUUCCUGCACCACAUGAACAUCAAGAAACUUAUGUUAAUAGAAAAGGUCACCAUUCAAUUCAAUUACAAGCUGUGUGCGAUCAUAAACGUCGUUUUAUUCAUUGCUAUGUUGGGAAUGUGGGUUCAGUACAUGAUCAACGGGUUUUCAGAUUAUCUGAACUGAAAAAUUACCUUGAUGACGCAACCAAAUUUCCUAAUAACACCCAUUUAAUUGGUGAUUCCGCUUAUACCUUGCAUGAACAUCUUAUGGUUCCAUACCGUGAUAAUGGGCACUUAACUCAAAAGCAAAAGAAUUUCAACUUUUGUCAUUCCUCUGCAAGGAUGGCAAUUGAACGGUCUUUUGGUUUAGUAAAAGGACGGUUUCGUAGUCUCCUAACAACAUUGGAUAUGAAGCGUGUCGAUCUAAUUCCCAAGUAUAUUAUUGCAUGCUGUAUUUUACAUAAUAUAUGCUUAUUACAAAAUGAUGAAUUUCCUGGUCUAUCUGAAACAACACCGGUAAACGAAAAUAUACAAGCUCGUGGAGAGUUGGUUGCAAUUAAUCGUCAAGGAGCAUUCAAGAGGGACAAUUUGUGUGAUCAACUACCUUUUCGCCAUAUAUAG